CGACAAGACCGUCUAGAGUCCCGAUCAAGACGCCAACAUGAGGCAGACUUCCUUGCCGCUUGAGAAUCUUCAAGCAUGGUCGCACUUCAAUGACGUGCAGCUAUUUGAUGUUUUGGUAGAACCUCAUAUCAUUGCAGACGGCGUGGACAAAGGAGGCGGACUCCUAGCACAAGCAGACCACGCAGAAGCAGAACCCCUGGUGGCGGUGCCUCUGGAUCUUGUCUUGUCAAAACAGAGAGUAGAGGAAGCUGCGAAAUCAGACAAGCAUCUGAAAGAGCUGAUAGAAGCAGCUGCAUCUUUAUUUCAGAAACCUCGCACUGCAGUAUUACUAUUCCUGGUCUACCAAAUGACCAUCAACAGCCCGGACAACAAGGGCCAUGCUCUCGGCUUCAACAACCCCUUUGCAGAUUAUGUGAAGUUUCUGCCCAAGGAUAUCCCCUUGCCCACAUUCUACACCCCAGAGGAGCGGGACUUAUUGAUCGGCACUUCUCUCGCCGAAGCCCUGGAUCAAAAACUAGUCAGCCUCGAAAGAGAAUUUGAAAGUCUGAAAACAGCAACGGAGACCAUCCCGUGGUGCCAACGAGCAUGGUGGGACGAAAUCACAGGGUGCUUGGACAUCGGAGAUUGGAAGCUUGCAGAUGCGAUGUAUCGGUCUCGUGCCCUAGACCUGCCACGGGGAUCUAGUAUUGGCAUGGUUGCUGUUGUUGACAUGGCAAACCACGCUUCCGACGAUCGCUACAAUGCAAGAUUUGAAGUGGACGAAGACGCUGGUACCGUAUUGCUUGUCGUGCGAGACCAGAGAUCCAUCCAGGCUGGGGAAGAGGUCUCGAUCAUGUACGGGGCAGGAGGGGCAUGUGAGAUGAUAUUCUCCUAUGGAUUCCUGGAAGACCACGCGAGCAGUGCCAGGGAGAUGUUCCUCAGUUUGUCCAUUCCAGCCGAGGACCCUUUCAGACUGGCAAAGAUCCGGUUCGCCCAAGAAGCGCCAGGCGUAAGGAUCUAUGUGGAUGAUGCGGACCAGGUGCACUGGGACAGUACUUUCGUCUGGUGGGCGUGCGUCAACCAGGAAGAUGGCCUGGACUUUCGAGUGGAGCAGACUGUGGACGGAGAUACGGAGCUCAAGGCUACAUGGAAAGACAACGACCUUGAAGCUGAGGACCUGCGCUCUACUCUCCAUGAAGCUCCUGUCCGGGAUAUAUUCGUCCUUCGUGCGACUGUCUUGGUUCAGCAAAGGGUUGAGGAGCAGGGGAUGCGUCUAGCAGCCAGUGAAGAUGAUUUUGAAAAUGCUCUUCCCAAUCCUCAGAUCAGGCCAUCGACAUACGACACGAUCGGAAGACUCCGGAGCCUGGAGCUGGAGCUACUGACGAGGGCCUUUGAAACGCUAGAGCGUCAGAAGCUUCAACUACUUGAUUCUACGGUCGUCCGCGCUUACUUGCAACACGGCGGUAGUGGUGCAGAUUCAUCGCCUGGAGAAUUCCCAGAGGAUUUCUCGUGAAGGCUGCAUUGCUGCAACUUGUGGCGCAGACAUCGGUGCGGAUGUCUUCGGAGCGUACCUCAAGGUGGUAUGAGGCCCCGAGAUACAGGACGUUUGUUUUUGUACUGGAUGAGCUGACAUUUGGAUACGCCGUGCAAGGUCUACAUCCAUCUUCAUGCAUUGAUUGGCCUUUUGGUGCCAUUGGACCCACCAUUUGCAGCACGUUUCGUACUGUGCCAGAUCUGCUUUUUCCGGCGACAUGGUGACAUUCCCUUCGUCCAUGAUCCGCUUACAAGGAGCUGCACAUUGUACACUGAACUCAGUCCCAGCCGCAGGUUGGUCGGCGAGUUUGUUUUUCUCAGAGACAAUCG